CCUACUCCCCCUGCGACCACUACAUAGCCGGCUACGGAGGCCCCUAACGUACAAAUAUCCCCCAGGCCCUGGCGGCUCCCGAUAGGUUUUGUUCGCGCGACUUCGUCCGGUCCUCUGGCCCUGCGUUCAGUUUUUUGUCAGGAACGCGAGUUGUCGGGUUCCGUCGGGCCACGGGCCAACGCUCCUCACGGAAGUAAAAGUUGUUGUUGGUGUUUUUUUUCUGGUUUUGGCCGCCGUAGCCGCCCGCAUUCCUUCCCUCCCGCCUCGCGGAAUUGUGGCGGGAGGGGGAGGAGAGUAGCAGGGCGCCUGCGCGGAGAGGCAGCUUUCCAUCCGGGUCCCUGUCCGUGCGGUGCAGCAGGUCGGUAGGCGGGAAAUGGCGACUGGCUGAAGAAGCUAGUUCUGUUGCUGCUGCGGGCUAAGCGGGAAAGACACCACACAUUGCGCAGUGGGGACCAUCGUCGGAGCCUGAGGACACUUCUCUGUCGUCACAGUUAGUUUUACAUGUGGCACUCAUAAAAGAUGAGGCUGAGAACACGGAAAGCUUCUCAGCAAUCCAAUCAAGUCCAAACACAACGCACUGCCAGAGCAAAGAGGAAAUAUUCUGAGGCUGAUGAUAGCCUGCCCUCAGGAGGGAAAAAACCACCUAAGAAUGAAACUGGCUUGUUGUCUUCAAUUAAAAAAUUCAUUAAAGGAAGCACACCCAAGGAAUCACUCCUGGCAAUGCUUGGGGUACCAUCGGGGGUGCCAGGGAUUGAACCCCAGUUGGCUGCGUGCAAGGAAGAGAGAGAAAAUCCUUCAAAACGGAGUAGAAUUGAACGUGAUAUAGAUAAUAAUUUGAUCACAUCAACACCAAGAGCAGGAGAAAAGCCUAACAAACAGAUAUCUCGAGUAAGGCGGAAAAGUCAAGUAAAUGGAGAAGCCGGUAGCUAUGAAAUGACAAAUCAACAUGUAAAACAAAAUGGAAAAUUAGAAGAUAACCCUUCUACUGGCAGUCCUCCAAGGACUACAUUGUUGGGGACCAUAUUUUCUCCUGUCUUUAACUUUUUUUCACCAGCAAGUAAAAAUGGAACAUCAGGAUCUGAUUCCCCAGGACAGGCUGUGGAGGCUGAAGAAAUAGUGAAACAACUUGAUAUGGAACAGGUGGAUGAGAUCACUACCAGUACCACUACAUCAACUAAUGGAGCAGCUUACUCAAAUCAAGCAGUUCAAGUGAGAUCAUCUAUAAAUAAUGGUUUAGAAGAAACAGAAGAAACAGUUAAUCGUGAUAUCCCACCCCUUACAGCACCAGUAACUCCAGACAGUGGUUAUUCAUCAGCUCAUGCAGAGGCCACCUAUGAAGAAGACUGGGAAGUAUUUGACCCCUAUUAUUUCAUCAAACAUGUUCCACCACUCACAGAAGAACAACUAAAUAGGAAACCUGCUCUUCCAUUGAAAACAAGAAGCACACCAGAAUUCUCUCUAGUUUUAGAUCUGGAUGAAACACUAGUACACUGUAGUCUAAAUGAGCUAGAAGAUGCAGCACUUACUUUUCCAGUUCUUUUCCAAGAUGUCAUUUAUCAGGUUUAUGUGAGAUUAAGACCAUUCUUCAGGGAAUUCCUGGAACGAAUGUCUCAGAUGUAUGAGAUCAUUCUUUUUACUGCGUCUAAGAAGGUGUAUGCAGACAAGUUACUGAACAUACUAGAUCCUAAAAAGCAACUGGUCAGGCACCGGCUUUUCCGUGAACAUUGUGUUUGUGUACAAGGAAACUAUAUUAAAGACUUAAAUAUCCUUGGAAGAGAUCUUUCAAAAACCAUAAUAAUUGACAACUCACCACAGGCCUUUGCAUAUCAGCUAUCUAAUGGAAUCCCUAUAGAAAGCUGGUUUAUGGAUAAAAAUGACAAUGAACUCCUAAAAUUGAUUCCAUUUCUGGAGAGGCUUGUAGAACUGAAUGAAGAUGUUCGGCCUCACAUCAGAGACAGAUUUCGUUUGCAUGAUUUGCUGCCCCCUGAUUAAAUACAAAGACUUGUCAAAUCACUGAAGGGGGAGAGAAUGCAGGACCCUUUUGGACUAAGACGAAACAUUGCCAUUACUGUUGAAAUUUUGCAUUUUUGUACCCCGUCUUGCUUUUCUUAUCUUUGGUGCCCAAUAAUAAUCAAGGGUUACAGAAAGAGACUUUAUCUCAGAUUGAAUACAUACAGUAGGUAGGCUAAAACAGAAGAGUCUUUAGAACUAGUGCAACUCCAGUGAAAUUUUUUUAUGUACAGGACAUCUGCAGUUUAUAAAGAAUUCUGUUUCUGCCACCAGCAGUUUGACCUGUAGUCACACAGGAUUUUAUGAUAAUAACAGAGAUGAAAAUGGACUUUUAUUUUCUCUCUGUUUGGUGCUCUAAGUGGGUUUGUAGCCACUUUUCUGUUACUUUAAGAUUCUCAUUUCAACAGGAAUGGCCAGUAAAAGUUGUUUUAUUUUUCCUGUUAAGGUUUAUAACCUUUUUACAUUUUUGUCCUGUAUUAGAUUAGAAUUUCAUUAUGCAUUCCUUUUAGUUAAAGCGCUUCAUAGUUUUCUGGAAAAAUAGUCAAUUUUUAGUUUUAUAUUAUACAUUUGAAUGGCCGUUUUCCUGCUUUGUCUGCCUGCAUAUUGUAUAUUUGUUUAAAAAUAUUCUCUACUUUUAGUCCAUGUAAGUUUCAUUUAGAAGGACAUGCAUUUAUAUUUUGUUUCUGUAAUAUUCUACUGUAGGUGAAAUCUUUUCAAAAAUCAAGAGACUGGGUAGAUAAGAAUAUAUGAAUGACUAAUAUUCAAAAGAUUUAAACCAUUGUGAUGGCAUGUGUUCCCUAAUGGUAAUAUCUUGCAAUGGCACAGAUUCAAUGGAUAAAGGUAUACCUCAGACUUCACUGUGCUCACCAAUCUCUGAGAAUGUGUUUGGUCACCGGCUGGGCUUGAUUGGUUACUGCUGCCUUUGGUUUUCUCCAGGAACGAAGUAUUCAGCACAGUGUCUCAGUAUUUUUAUUUUGCAUGGGCUGGUAGUACCUCUGUUAUGCUCUCAGUUACAAUCAAUUUAAAACUCUGUGUAACAGUGUUGGUACCUUACAGUAGCUAUGCAUAAUCCUGUGGCACAGUAAACUCCCAAGCCACCAAUGCAGUUAGUAUGCUCUCAUAGUGGUUUUCUAUGAUAUAUAAAAAUAGUCUUCAAGCCUUGGUUCUCUAAUGCAGCUACCACAAGAGGUUGAUAUUUUUAUAGUGGUGUGUAAUCUCCUUUUCGGGAGGCUUUUUAUGGAAGGUAGAAUUUGUAAAAGUUAGUAUGCUUUGCCUCUCGACUGCAUUAACAUGCCAUAGGCUCAGACUGUUUUUGUGUAAAGGAUGUCAAAGAACGGCACUUUUUCUAAAGAGAAGUUUGAUAUUUUGUAUGCUUGUUAAGAAAGUACAGUAUUGGAAAUUAAAGGUGGACAACUGAUAAUUGAGGAGUAUGUCACUUAAUUUUUUAUGUAUAUUACCUGUUUACUUGUACAACUUAUUGUACAAAUUACAUGCAGCUUCAUUUUCAAAUGAAUCCUUAAAAUAAGGAAAUCUUUUUAGGAAAACAUUUAAUUUUUGUAUUUUUGAUUUUAAAGGCAUGAGUUAUGUCAAUUUUCAGUGUAUUAAUGAAGAUUUUAACUUUUCAUCAGGUUGAGUGUUUUCUUACUAUAUUAUCUGUUGUAUAUGUAGUUAGCAUAUUGUGUCACUGAACUGUUUAAAAAUUUAGCAUGUAGAGCAAGCCUGUUUUGUGGAAAAUCCUUAUUCAUUAAAAUAAUCAUGGCAGAUUUUCUGCAAAAAGCAAAAGCAUUUGCAACUCAGAAUACUGGUUUUUGUUUUAAUUUAAAGAAAGGUAUUUUGCUUGCAGGAAAAAAUACUACAGAUUCAUUUUAAUGAGAAUCUUUGAAAUGUAUUUAUCUUUAGGGCAUCUGGGCAUCUUUAUGCUGUUUGUCUUGUCUUUCUUGAAAUAAAAUGUAAAUACGUUACCUUUACAUAUGCUCUUGCUCAAAAUUGUAAACCUAGCCACAUUUCUCCAAUGCUACCUUUUUAUGCUCAGACAGCAAAACCCAAAACAUUUAAGACCUAAGCUUUCAGUGUGUAUUAUAAUUGCUGAAAGUUUUCUGAUUAAGUAGUCUCAAAGGGCUUUCCCACAACUUACGGGAAAUGUAAACACCUAUACCAUUUGUGCCUGCAGGCACUUUAAUUAUAAAACCAACUUUUAUUAAUGGUAGAGCUGUUUUCAAUCCUAUGAUGGGAAAGUUUCUUUGUUACUGAGAAAUUAAGCAAGCAAGCAUAGAAAAGAUUCUGUAAAGAGGUAAAUUAUAAAGGAAAUUUUAUAUAGCCUGAGAAAAUUUGAACCAGCUUAAUAUAUUUUUCUUCAUUUUCUGAUUUGAGUCAUUUUAAAUUUGUUAAUACAAAAGUUUUAAUAACUUAUAGAGAGACUAUUUAUCUGGCUUCCUUACACCUUAAUAUGUUUUAUUUUCUCAUUUCCCUUAUCUUUUGGCAGAAGUUACCUUAAACACUUCCAUUUAGUAAAGUGGAUGUGUAUGUUUUAUUGAGAUGUGUCCAGCCCCUUCAGUUCACACAGAAUAUACAAAUUCAUAAAAACUGAUUUAGUAAUAAAUGCAGGAGAGAUGGAUACCUGAUAAGACACAGCAAAAGUGACUGGUGUACACAUAACAUUUCUGAAGUACACAAAAUUGUGGUAAUUCUAGUGAUAAAUGUCUGGCUUUAAAGACAUUCUUUUAAAUAUUUGUAUUGUUAAAAUAUUUUAAUAAGUUUUUUAAUUCCAUGUAAUAUGUGUAGCCCUAAUUAGAUUUAUAUCACCAUAUUUCUCCGUGGGUCUUAAAAGAGAUCUGAUAAUAAUUCAAAACCAUAAAUCAUUCUAUAUUACUAGCUAGUAUGUAUAUUUAUUUACCUUAUGGCUUUAUCUUGUUUUCCAAAUUUUGGGGGUGAGGGGAAUUUGUUGAAAUUAUUCUAAAAAAAGUGGCUGUUUUUUUUCUUGUAACUGUAGGUGAAAAUGAUGUACAUUGUUUCUCUCUCCCUCCCUCCCCAUCUCUCUCUCCUCCCCCCUUUCUCUUACCUCCUCACUCCCCUGCUCCUGUGUGUGUGUUUGUGCAUGUGUGCGUGUAUGUUUUUAAGGUUAAAGAUAGACAUUUUUAAAACAUUACCUUUGGCCAAUAACUUUUUCAUCUAGAUAUUAACUCCAUUCAACCUUCUAAAAGAAGUUUGUUCUCAUUGUUUUGUUCAGUCAACUUGCCUGAAAAACAGACUCAUCUCAUCAAUGAAGAAAAAAGCAUUUCGUUAAUCCUGCAAAUCUUUCCAGCGAGCACAGACUUCUUCAUAAGGACCAGAUCGCUUUCACGCCUUGGGUCAAUCACAUAAAUUUGAAAUGUAAAGGACACUGACGCCUUCAUAUAAUUGUACUAAUAUGGUGUUUUAAUGCUACAUCAUUAUCUAGUUAAGGUUUUCUGACCUGACUUCUCUUUGUCUUCCUAGUAUUUAUUUGUUACCUCUUUUAAUCUCAUGUAUCUAAAUUAACUUAGUUAAUAGUUACCCACCGAAUAACUAUGCCAAGCAACUAGGAAAGAAUGUUUAUUUUAUUUCCCCUUAUAGGGGAAGAGUGGACUGGGAACAAAAAUGUAUGGGCCAAAAGGCCUUAGGUUGUCAUUCAUUUACUUUCUUAUUCCUCUCUUGAGCUCUAUUUGAGUACACUAUUUUGAUGUGCUUGAUUAUAUUAUUAACUUUUCCUGUCUUUGUCCAAGUUGAAAGCCUACCAGAAACCUGUAUAAACACAUUUUAAAAUUUCAGAAUAGGAGUCACAAAAUUUAGGGUCAUAUAUUUAAAUACUUAAAUUAUUAUUGGAAUCCAAGACUCAUGAGGAUACAUUUUUAUAAAAUGUUUCUCUGUAUCUUGAAUUUAAAUUACUUGCCCAGAGGCAAGAGUUCUGGGGAUAUAAUGCAAACUAUAUUGAGAACUUUUUGAAAAGUGGAUAAGAGCAACAAGUUUAUACUUACUUUAUGGUUUUGAUAUUAGUAUUUUAAGAUACAUCAGCGGUUCUCAAACCUGAGAGUUCAUUGGAACUACUGUACGGAAGCUUUUGAAAUUAGAUUCUUGUGACUCUAGCCCUGCAGAAAUUGUCUUACUGGGACUAGAGCCUGAGAGAUCUCUUAAUAAAGCUCUCCAAGUGAUUCUGAUAGCAAGGUUUGGGAAGUCACUGUUUUAAAUGAUGUGAUAGUGGUUUGAGAGUAGGUAACAAAAUAAAAGUUUACCAGACAUCUCUUUGUGGUAGAGUUUUCUUUCCCCCCCCCAACCCCCUGCCUCCCCCCCCCCCCAAACUGGGACCAGAUUUCACAGAAUUUACUCAAGAUACAUGGAGGAAUAAUAAGGAAGAUUGGAGCUACUGCUUAUUAUUCUUGUCCUUCAUAAAAGUUUGCAUUUCUAGGAACUUGGAAUAGUUGAUCAUAGACACAGUUGAAGGACAUAUCCCUGAAUGAGACCAUUAUAUACAUAUAUAUAUAUAAACUGUAAAAUAUUUCACUAUUUUUUUAUUUUAUAAAUCUUUGUAGAAAUAAACAAUGGAAUACUUUCACCUUUUGAAAUGGGAUUUUUCAAGGUAGUGUCCUUUUAGCAUUAAGGUAGGGGGGACGAGUUAAUAUUCUCUCUGCCUGUUUCCACCUGAAUCAAUAUAAAGUCAUGGACAUUAAAAUCUCAGUUUUAUUUCUACAUAUUUACUAAGCAGUAUAGCCGUGAACAAGUAAUGUAGAUUUAGUUUUCUCAUUUUCAAAUGCCCUUAUCACCCUACCUCACAGGGUUGUUGUGGGGAUAAAUAAAACUUUUAUGAAAGCA